AUGGCAACUGUCAAAAACCGCGGGGUUUUUAGGGCCCAAUGUAUCAGUCAUAACACCACCAAAGAUGGGCUUAAAUCUAAGCUUGACAGCUUACUUGGAGAAGAACUUGAGGAAUUUUCUCUUGUUCACUUUCAACUCGUACCCGCCUGUAAUAGAUCGCAGGCUCAGGUCGCCAUCUUCAAAUACCAUCCAAGAAUUGCGACGAGAAGCCCACAAGUACCGUCUUUUCUAGCCACGCCGGAGCCAUGGUUCCAACUUGACGGAAAUGACGUCUUCAUUGACACCGAUUUUUAUGGCCUUACGCAAUUAUUCCCAGUCAACCCAAAUGACGUGAAGAUUGAUAUUGUGGCGAUCUCAGGCCUCAACUCUCAUGCCUUUGGAUCGUGGACUAGCUGCAGCGAUGUCCCCGAAAACGACAAAAUGUGGCUGAGCGACUUCAUAAGUAAGGACGAAAUAUUGAAAGAUUGUAGAGUUAUGACUUUCGGAUAUGAUACAAAGUAUCGAAGCAAGAAACAAAUGUGGAUUGAAGACCACGGUGACAGCUUCCUGACGGAGUUGGAUAAGGCGAGAAAGACACCAAAAGAACGAGAUAGACCUCUGGUGAUUAUCGGCCAUAGUUUUGGCGGCACCAUUGUUACACAUGCAUAUGUUCGGUCUUCCGAAAAAACAGAACUAGAACACAUUUACAAAUCCAUCACGGAUAUUUUUCUUUUUGGUGUUCCAUUUCGGGGCAUCAACUUGGACGAUGUCCGCUCGAUGGUAGAGGAAAUCUCCGAUCCAACAGGCCAAGGCGAAAAGAUGAUAGAGUAUAUAGCCUAUGAAACUAGCCGACAUACAACUAUUCUUGACGUCUUCAAGAAUCGUAUCAAAAAAAGAGGGACUAGAAUAUUUUCUUUUUUUGAGACUGAGAAGACCCCCAAGGUUGUUAAGCAAGAAGAUGGCACUUUUGGCCGAACAAGAGAUCUCAUAAUCGUAGUGGAUAGGGAUUCGGUGAAAUUGGGGAUGGAACCGCUCGAAAAAUUAUUUCGUGCCGAAGGAAAUCAUUCAACAAUAGUCAAGUUAAGAAGCAGCCAGGAUCCAACAUACACGACAAUUCAAAGCUACCUUAGGAGUACUCUGGAAGCGGCAAAGUACGGGGUAGACCAGAUCCAAAGGAACGAUAUUAAACACAAACAAAUUCGCUCUAGCUAUGGGGAUGAUGGCAAUCGCGUCAAUAGUCCCUACAGAUUUUCACACCCUGCCCUAAGGGAGUUACAUAUAACCGAUCCUCGGUUGGACAAAGAACGAAUUGAAAGCACCAAAGGAGGGCUCUUUGACGAUUCUUACAAAUGGAUACUCGACAACCCCGAUUUCAAGAAAUGGCGUAAUGACGAUCAGUAUCACAUUUUGUGGAUUAGUGGAGACCCUGGCAAAGGCAAAACCAUGCUUCUAUGUGGGAUCGUAAAUGAAUUAGAGCGAGAUAACUCGGCGACCGAUGGCUUUUAUCUAUCGUAUUUCUUCUGCCAGGGUACGGACGUGCGCAUUAACAAUGCUACAGCGGUGCUGCGGGGUCUGAUAUUCUCACUUAUCCUUCAGGAUGAGUCACUUGGGUCCCAUAUACAGCAGAUCUAUGACCAGGUUGGAGAGGGGGCAUUUGAGGGUGUCAACUCGUGGUUUCGGUUGUCAAAGGUUUUUGACGCGAUUCUAUCCGAUCUUGUUCAAGAGCCUACUAACACCGUUUACUUGAUAAUCGAUGCGCUCGAUGAGUGUGUUUCUGAUUUGGGGAAGCUCCUCGAUUUGAUUUCAAAGUUUGUGUCGACUUCCAGUUCCCCUCAAAUCAAAUGGAUCGUAUCAAGUCGGAAUUGGUCUGAUAUUGAGCGCAAGCUGGCCCUUCCAGCUUCUAUCGGUGGUUCGAGGCUAAGCCUUGAACUCAACUCUAGCCUUGUGUCUCGCGCCGUUGAAGCGUAUAUAGGCGAUCAAGUAUUGAAGCUGUGGCCUUCAGAACGAGACGAAGAAUUCCGUAAUCAAGUUUGCAAGCAACUUAUUAAACAGGCGGAUGGCACCUUCCUUUGGGUGUCUCUCGUUAUGAAGGAUCUAGAGGAACUACAAGGUGCUUAUCAAUACAAAAAAACGGUUCUGAAGAAGCUUAGAGAAAUACCCAGCGGUUUGCCUCAACUAUAUGGUUUGAUGAUGCAAAAGAUAAAAAGUCUUCGAGGAGAAAACCCUAGGCUUUGUCUGGUAAUUCUCUCAACAAUGGCGAUUGCAUAUCGGCCCCUUCAGCUAGCCGAAUUAACGGCCUUGACCGAACUUGAAAGCGACCCAACAGAACCGGAUAUGAUUGAAGCUUUAGUCAAAGAUUGUGGCUCCUUCCUAACUGUUCGUCAGAAUACGAUCUAUUUCGUUCAUCAAUCAGCCAAGGAUUUCCUGCUCGAGGAAAAUUCUUUUGCAAAUUUCUUCAGCGGCCGUCCAAAAUACAUCCAUUACUCCAUGUUUUCAUACUCCCUGCAGGCUAUGUCAAAAAGUCUCCGUAAAAACAUCUAUAGCUUGCCCCGACCAGAGUUCGAGGUAAAUAAUGAUCUCAAAAUACCGGAGCUAGACCCAUUAGCAAGUGUACGGUAUUCCUGCACCCAUUGGGUGGGGCAUUUCCUCGAGGGAAACUACGGCGAUAAUUGCUUUUCGAAUAACGACGAUUAUCAUACUAUCUUGAAUUUCCUACAAAAGCACUUUCUUCACUGGGUCGAGGCUCUAAGUUUAAUGGGUAUGUCGGCUGAAGGCUUAAAAAUGAUCGAGUCACUUCUGUUCAUGUGUAAAGUAAGUCAGCCCCAAAGACUUAAGUUCACUGCACCUCUAGCGGCUAAGUUAGCGAAAUAUUUUAAGAAUUUAGCCGGCACUUUGCCUUCAUUCAUCUAUGAUGCAAAAAGAUUUAUUAUGAUGCACCAAUCGAUAAUUGGGAGGAUGCCUUUGCAACUAUACUCAAGUUGCCUUCUGUUUAGUCCUAAGCAGAGCGUGAUCAGACAGCAAAACUGGGGUGAGGUUUCUCCAUGGGUAAAUAAUACACGGGCAAUUCAAGAAAACUGGAAUUUGUGUUUGCAGGUGUUCGAUGACGGUAUUGUUUGCUCGCAGCCCGGGCCUGGACUCGAAGCUCGGCCAGUGCGAGGCCUAGACUCCAGGAGCUCCAAACCGCACGGAGAACCUCGUUUCGUCACGGUGGUAUUUUUUUCACCCGAUGGCAAGCUCCUUGCAUUUCAGAAGCAAGUUCAAAUGGAAAUGGGCUCUGAUGGAUUCGGUGAAAGCUGCAGGCUUUGGGAUGUUAGUAUGGGAAGCUUGCAGGCUGAAAUUCCGCUUGGUAAAGUUCACAAGCCCCAGGAUGCGAUAAUUUCACCAGACGGCAGGCUUCUAGCAUCCAUAUUUCACUCCAGAAUUGGUUACGGCUUAGGCAGUAUUGCGCUCUGGAAUACUGACACCGGGGCCUUACAUACUGAGCUGCCCGAAACCGGAUCGCGUGUUGGUUUUUCUCCUGACAGCAAAUUCUUAGCAUAUUUCUCUCAGACGAAUGAUCGCCGCGCCAUCAAAUUAUGGAAUAUUGCUACUAAAUCUUUACAUGCCGAGCUGGCAGUUAAUUUCCGUUAUCCAUCUCAAUUUACAUUCAUCGUUCCACCCGAUGGCAAGUUUUUGGCGUUGUUGAAGUGCGAGUCAUUCAGUCACAUUCAUUACACUAUCCAGGUUUUGAGUACUGACAAUGGAGCUUUGCGUGCCGAAAUGACUGCUUUUAGUCUCUUGGGAGAGCCUGUCUUUGCCUUUUCAUCUGAUGGCAGGCUUUUGGCAUAUGUUUCGAGUCAGAGUAUCAUUACACUUUGGGAUGUCAUCAUGGAAACCUCUCGGGGGGAGUUAAAGGAUAGUUCUUGGAUCGAGUCCUUUAGUAUAUCACCUAGCAAUGAGCUUCUCGCCUGUUGCUUAGGCAACCAUACCAUCAGUCUUUGGAAUCUUGCCACUAGAACUUUGCAAGCUAGAUUCCAAGAUCACAACGCUAGCAUCAUCUCUAUAUCCUUCUCGCCUGACAGUGCGCUUUUAGCAUCUUCCUCAACAGACGGUACUCUCAAGGUUUGGGAUACUUCUGCCAAAGCUUUACACACCGAGCUUGCAAUCGGGAAAAAUACAUAUUCCUAUCUGACUAGUUGCGCUCUUGGACCGGAUGGAACGCUUGUAGCAUCCUGCUUCGCCUCAGGUUUUAUUUCCGGGAAAUUUUGGCUCCGAAAUACCGGCCUCUCUACCGUAUUUCAAGUGCCCGAUUGUGAAUUUGAAGUCGACUAUAUCGCUGGAUAUCUCUUUCUAUCACCCAACAAUCGAUUUUUAAUGUCUUCGAGGUCCAGCUAUGUGACAAAUGUUAACAUAUAUGGCAAUGCUAUCAAUCUUUGGAAUACUAAUGGAUCCUUCCAUACUAGGCUUCUGCUUGGCGAGUCUAUUUAUUGCGACCCUUCUGUAGCUGUAACUAUAGCUAUAACUAAUCCCUUUUCACCUGAUAGUACACUCAUAGCUUUCGUUUCCUAUGGAUAUAGUGAGGAUAGGAUCGCUGUUUGGAGGACUGCUACUGGCGCUUUACACACACAGUUCACAAUCGAUGCAAUCCGGAUCCCGAAAUUUCAGGGGACGUACCUUUCCUUUUCACCCAAUAGUGAGCUCCUAGCCUUUCACAUGCACAACGAGCUUCCACUUUUUGUUUGGGAUAUCGUUACCAAAUCUCUCCGAAUUAAAUUCACCGGGGGCUAUUAUAACCAUUUGGCAUUCUCACAUAAUAGUAAAUUUUUAGCAUUUUCAUCCGGUUCCGGUACAUGGCUUGAAAAUGGUCUCGCACCAAGGCUGGAAAGGAAAACAACUGCAAUUGAGGUUUGGGAUCUUGGCACUGGAGCUUUACAAGCUAAAUUCGCCCAUCAUACCGAGGAUGACACUUUAACGAGCAUUUAUUUCUCAACUAUUAGCAUGCUCCUGGCUGCUUCCCUUUUUACUGUUUCGUCCGGGAGUAUUAUUUCUCUUUGGGAUGCUCUGACGGGGGAUUUGAAAGUCAGGGUUGGUAGUCAUACAGGUAAAGUCGACUGUAUGUUCUUGUCACCUGACGACCGGCUUCUUAUAUCCUGUUCCAAGGGUGAUAGUACUAUCAAAUUUUGGGAUGUUGCACCAGCAUCUCAAGGCAACUCUCACCCUCGGGGCCCCCUGCGGUUUCUGACACUCCCCCCUAUGUUCCGUUUAUAUGACAUUCGAGUUAACUUUAAGACUCGAGCUAUUACGUUGCUUCUCCAGUUGGGCCAAACUUUCUUUGUACAAUUUUGA